AUGGAGGAGCACACUGCUGUCAGUGGCAGCGCUGCCAAUAAUGCUCAGACACCGGCUGCGGGUCAAGAUACCCCAACCGAAAUGACCAAUGUAUCCGGGUCGCAAUCACAUCAAAUAUCCCCCGAGAAGAAUAGCGAAAGUGCUCCGACAGCUGAUAAUCCACUAGAUGCUCCUGCUUCUCCCAAGCAACAGAACGCCGAUGGCGAGCCAGAGGAUGAAGAGAUGGGCGGCACCGAGACAGAAACGAAGGAGACGGAAGGAGGCGAGGAAAACGCCGAUACAACGGCACAGGCUGCCGAAGGUGCCUCUGAAGAGCAACCGGCGCAAGCCAAGGCCUCGCUCGAAGCCUCAGCACGUUCACAUCUUGUUUCGCAGACACACGCUAUUAUCCUUCCUAGCUAUUCUACAUGGUUCGACAUGCAUACCAUCCAUCCGAUUGAGAAGAAGGCCUUAGCAGAGUUCUUUAACGGCCGCAACCGGAGCAAGACCCCGGCAGUCUACAAAGACUAUCGCGAUUUCAUGAUCAACACAUAUCGACUGAAUCCUAUUGAGUACCUCACAGUCACAGCGUGUCGCCGCAAUCUCGCGGGAGAUGUCUGUGCCAUUAUGCGCGUUCACUCAUUUCUCGAGCAGUGGGGUUUGAUCAACUACCAGGUCGAUCCUCAGACACGGCCGUCGAACAUUGGACCUCCCUUUACGGGUCAUUUCCGCGUUGUCGCUGAUACACCAAGGGGUCUCCAACCUUUCCAGCCUGGCCCUCAACACGUUGUGAAACCUGGAAAGGCUCUUCCCGCCACUGAUCGGGCCGCUUCCGCUGCCCCGUCUUCCAAGGCCGAUCUCAACCUAGAGAUUCGUCGCAAUGUUUACGACGAAAAAGGCAAAGAAAUCACCCCAGCUGUCGAGGACAAAGAAAAGCAAACCAACGGCGAGCCAUCGGUCGCCAAUGGCACAAUUGCUGACGCCUCUAAGGCGAUGGAAAGCGCUGCCCGAGAGCCCAAGAGGAAGUUCCAUUGCUUUUCUUGCGGCAUUGAUUGCACUCGUCUCAGAUUUCAUUACGCUAAAUCGGCCCCGACAACCACUAAUGCAAAUGCGCCGGACGGCAAGUACGAUCUCUGCCCGAAUUGCUUCUUGCAAGGUAGAAUGCCUGCCUCACACAACGCUUCGGAUUUCGUCAAGCUUGAAGACAAUGCGUACUCGAUCGCCUCCGACAAGGAUGCUCCUUGGUCUGACUCGGAGCUUGUACUUCUCCUCGAAGGGCUAGAGAAUUUCGAUGACAAUUGGGAACAGAUUGCCAAGCAUGUCGGCACAAGAACCAAGGAAGAGUGUGUGAUGAAGUUCUUGCAACUGGAGAUUGAAGAUAAGUAUAUCGAAGAUGUACCAGAUAUGCGCGCAGUCGGCGGGCGAGAUCCUCUCAACCAGGUCGAGAAUCCUGUUUUGUCUGUUGUUGCUUUCCUGGCGCAAAUGGCAGAGCCUGCAGUAGCCGCUGCUGCCGCCGGUCGCUCAGUGGAAGAGAUCCGUAAAGAGCUGAGAAAGCAACUCGACAAAGACUCGGAAGCGGACAAGUCACAUGACAAGGGCAAGGAGAAGGAAGGUGCCGGCGUGAAGACCGAAGACUCGAUGGAUGUAGAUACCUCUCGGGAAGAGGCUGCCGUCGAAGUUGCCGAGGUCACUGAAUCUGAGAAGCAUCCGAAGUCUUCUCUUGCCACGGUUGCUCUCGCUACAUCUGCAGCUCGCGCUGCAGCUCUCGCCUCGCACGAGGAGCGGGAAAUGACUCGUCUUGUCUCGGCUGCUGUUAAUGUCACGCUUCAGAAGUUCGAGAUUAAGCUGCAGCAGUUCAAUGAGAUGGAGGAGAUUAUCGAGGCUGAACGCCGGGAGCUGGAACUCGCCCGCCAGCAGCUUUUCCUUGACCGUAUGGCCUUCAAGCGUAGAGUCAAGGAGGUUCAGGACUCUUUUCAGUCGAUCAGCUUGAAGGGGCCCAGCGAGGAGAGCAGCAACUUGAUUGCAGAUGCUGCCACUACGGGCAUCGGCAACCGCUACAAUUUCCAGCCCACAGGUGGUGAUAUGAGAGAUGGUGUUCAGCCUCUCAGUGCAGAGGCAGGAGCUGACUUCAAGACCCUCGACCUGUGA